AUGGUCCAGCUGGGGAAGCUGCUCCGCGCCCUGACUUUGAUGAAGUUCCCCUGCUGCGUGCUGGAGGUGCUCCUGUGCGCGCUGGCGGCGGCGGCGCGCGGCCAGGAGAUGUACGCCCCGCACUCCAUUCGGAUCGAGGGGGACGUCACCCUCGGGGGGCUGUUCCCGGUGCACGCGAAGGGUCCCAGCGGAGUGCCCUGCGGCGACAUCAAGAGGGAGAACGGGAUCCACAGGCUGGAAGCGAUGCUCUACGCCCUGGACCAGAUCAACAGCGAUCCCAACCUGCUGCCCAACGUGACACUGGGAGCGCGGAUCCUGGACACUUGUUCCAGGGACACUUAUGCGCUCGAACAGUCGCUCACUUUCGUCCAGGCGCUCAUCCAGAAGGACACCUCCGAAGUGCGCUGCACCAACGGCGAGCCUCCGGUUUUCGUCAAGCCCGAGAAAGUAGUUGGAGUGAUUGGGGCUUCGGGGAGUUCGGUCUCCAUCAUGGUAGCCAACAUCCUGAGGCUUUUCCAGAUCCCCCAGAUUAGUUAUGCAUCAACGGCACCCGAGUUAAGUGAUGACCGUCGCUAUGACUUCUUCUCUCGUGUGGUCCCGCCCGAUUCCUUCCAAGCCCAGGCCAUGGUAGACAUCGUAAAGGCCCUGGGUUGGAAUUAUGUGUCUACUCUCGCAUCGGAAGGAAGUUAUGGAGAGAAAGGUGUGGAAUCCUUCACGCAGAUUUCCAAAGAGGCAGGAGGGCUCUGCAUUGCCCAGUCCGUGAGAAUCCCCCAAGAACGCAAAGACAGGACCAUUGACUUCGAUAGAAUUAUCAAACAGCUCCUGGACACACCCAACUCCAGGGCUGUCGUGAUUUUUGCCAACGAUGAGGAUAUCAAGCAGAUCCUUGCAGCAGCCAAAAGAGCUGACCAAGUAGGCCAUUUCCUUUGGGUGGGAUCAGACAGCUGGGGAUCCAAAAUAAACCCACUGCACCAGCAUGAAGAUAUUGCAGAAGGAGCCAUCACCAUUCAGCCCAAGCGAGCAACUGUGGAAGGGUUUGAUGCCUAUUUUACAUCCCGCACACUUGAAAACAACAGAAGAAACGUAUGGUUUGCCGAAUACUGGGAGGAAAACUUCAACUGCAAGUUGACAAUUAGUGGGUCAAAGAAAGAAGACACAGAUCGCAAAUGCACAGGACAGGAGAGAAUUGGAAAAGAUUCCACCUAUGAGCAGGAGGGUAAAGUUCAGUUCGUGAUUGACGCAGUGUACGCAAUGGCCCAUGCCCUUCACCACAUGAACAAGGAUCUCUGUGCUGACUACCGGGGCGUCUGUCCAGAGAUGGAGCAAGCUGGGGGCAAGAAGUUGUUGAAGUAUAUCCGCAAUGUGAAUUUCAAUGGCAGCGCAGGCACCCCAGUCAUGUUUAACAAGAAUGGGGACGCCCCUGGGCGUUACGACAUCUUCCAGUACCAGACCACAAACACCACCAACCCUGGUUAUCGCCUGAUCGGACAGUGGACAGAUGAACUGCAGCUCAAUAUAGAGGACAUGCAGUGGGGUAAAGGACUCCGGGAGAUCCCCCCGUCAGUGUGUACACUGCCGUGCAAGCCUGGGCAAAGAAAGAAGACACAGAAGGGAACUCCUUGCUGCUGGACCUGUGAACCUUGUGAUGGCUACCAGUACCAGUUUGAUGAGAUGACAUGCCAGCAUUGCCCCUACGACCAGCGACCCAAUGAAAACCGAACCGGCUGCCAGGACAUCCCCAUCAUCAAACUGGAGUGGCACUCCCCCUGGGCCGUCAUCCCUGUCUUCCUCGCCAUGUUGGGGAUCAUCGCCACUAUAUUUGUCAUGGCCACUUUCAUCCGCUACAAUGACACUCCCAUCGUCCGGGCAUCUGGGCGGGAACUGAGCUAUGUUCUGUUGACGGGCAUCUUUCUUUGCUACAUCAUCACUUUCCUGAUGAUAGCCAAACCUGAUGUGGCAGUGUGUUCUUUCCGGAGAGUUUUCCUGGGCUUGGGGAUGUGCAUCAGUUACGCAGCCCUUUUGACAAAAACCAAUCGGAUUUAUCGCAUAUUCGAACAGGGCAAGAAAUCAGUGACAGCUCCCAGACUCAUAAGCCCAACGUCACAGCUGGCGAUCACUUCUAGCUUAAUAUCAGUUCAGCUUCUAGGUGUUUUCAUUUGGUUUGGUGUUGACCCACCCAACAUCAUCAUAGACUAUGAUGAACAUAAGACAAUGAACCCUGAGCAGGCCCGGGGAGUUCUCAAAUGUGACAUUACGGAUCUCCAGAUUAUCUGCUCCUUGGGAUAUAGCAUUCUUCUCAUGGUCACAUGUACUGUGUAUGCCAUCAAGACUCGGGGUGUCCCAGAGAAUUUUAAUGAAGCCAAGCCCAUUGGAUUCACCAUGUACACAACAUGUAUAGUCUGGCUUGCCUUCAUUCCCAUAUUUUUUGGCACCGCUCAGUCGGCGGAAAAGCUCUACAUACAAACUACCACGCUUACAAUCUCCAUGAACCUAAGUGCAUCAGUGGCGCUGGGGAUGCUAUACAUGCCGAAAGUGUACAUCAUCAUUUUCCACCCUGAACUCAAUGUCCAGAAACGCAAGCGAAGCUUCAAGGCCGUAGUCACAGCAGCCACCAUGUCAUCGCGGCUGUCACACAAGCCCAGUGACAGACCCAACGGUGAGGCCAAGACAGAACUCUGUGAAAACGUAGACCCAAACAACUGUAUACCACCAGUAAGAAAGAGUGUACAAAAGUCUGUUACUUGGUACACUAUCCCACCAACAGUAUAG